CAUAGUAUUUUCUAGAAACUUUAACAUAAAUUAUAUUGAAUUUUAAAGUAAUCUUUUUUUACAGAAAUAAAAUAAUUAAAAAAUUAGUAAUGCAAAAGACAAUCUCCCCCAUAGUUAAAUGGUCUUAAAGAAAAGAAAAUGUGUUUUUAACAGUUGAAGUGAGAGAUUUGAAAGAUGAAAAGGUUGACUUGACUUCAAACUCACUUAAAUUUUCAGCUACUGCAGAAGGUGUUAAUUAUACUUUUGAAAUUAAUUUCUUUGCUGAAGUUGUUGUCGAAGAAAGUAAAUGGACCAAUUAUGGGUUGAACGUCAGAUUUAUUUUAUCAAAGAAAGAUAAAACUGCUUCAUAUUGGACUAGAUUAAUCAAAGAGACACACAAAUUACAAUACUUAUAGGUCGAUUGGACAAAGUAUAUCGAUGAAGAUGAUGAGGCUGAAGAGGGAGGCAAAGGUUUGGACGAUUGGGAUUAGAACAAAUUCUAAAAUUUCGAUUAAGGUGGUGCAGAUGAGGAUGACGAAGAGGCUGAAGAGGAAUAGCCAAAGGAGGGAAAUGUUGACGAUUUAGAUAAGGAAGAAGAAGUCUAAAAAAAUGAUCAAGCCCCAUAGGAAGGUGAAUAGGAGAAAUAAGCAGAGAGUAAUUGAUAAUGAUAUUAUAUCUAUGUUUAAAUAAGAAGAUGUAUGUUUUCUGUCCUUUAUCAUUAUAAUAAAGGCUAUUGAUGGUUCUUUUUGAA